GGCCCUGGUCCCUUGAGCCUAGUCUCCGGAGCGUCCACCCUGACAGGGCCCGGUCUAUUAAAUCCUGGGCGUCCCGCCAGCGCUGGGUCGGCGUGAACCUGGGCCUGCGGAUACAGGGCGCGAUGGCCGCCGCGGCCCUGGCCCCAGUCACUCGGCAAGUCAGCGGCCGCGCCACCCCGUCUCCUGCCCCGAGCGGCCCCGAGAAUGUGCAACCACUGGUCGCCGCCGUGGCCGAGCUUCCCGUACUGGACGCGUCCGGAAGGCGGGUGCCGUUCGGCGCGCUGUUCCGAGAGCGCAGGGCCGUCGUGAUCUUUGUGCGGCAUUUCCUGUGUUAUAUCUGCAAGGAAUACGUAGAAGAUCUAGCCAAAAUCCCCAAGAGUUUCUUACAAGAGGCAAAUGUCACCCUUAUAGUGAUUGGACAAUCAUCCUACCAUCAUAUUGAGCCUUUCUGCAAACUGACUGGGUAUUCUCAUGAAAUCUAUGUUGAUCCCGAGAGAGAAAUUUAUAAAAAAUUGGGAAUGAAAAGAGGUGAAGAAAUUGCCUCCUCAGUUUCUGAUAUUUCAGGAGAGAGUCCCCAUAUCAAGUCAAAUAUACUCUCAGGAAGCAUUUGGAGCCUGUGGAGGGCAGUGACUGGCCCUCUUUUUGAUUUUCAAGGAGAUCCAGUUCAGCAAGGCGGAACCCUCAUUUUAGGUCCAGGUGACAACAUCCAUUAUAUACACCGUGAUAGGAAUAGGUUGGAUCACAAACCCAUCAACUCUGUUUUACAGCUUGUAGGAGUUCAGCAUGUGGACUUCACAAGCCGACCUUCAGUUAUCCAUGUGUGACAACAGACUCUGUCACUUUCAGAUGGGACCCUGAUAUUGGCCUGAAAUAUUGGACGGUGGUACCCCUGUGCACUGUCCAAUUUGUUGGCUCUUCCCCGUCUUUGAGGAGUUAUGAAAACAAAGAGACAUGUACCAGUUCAAUAGCAUGCUGAGAGGCAUCAAUUGUCAAAAGUAUGAUGUAGAUUUAUAAUGUUAUAGCUUUUAAAGUUUUAUAAAAGUAAAAUUUUAUUUAUACAAAUUAAAACUUUAAAAGCUAAAACAAUUAU